GGCCUACGCUGGGCUGAUUCAUUCCGGGGCUAGAGCUAGGAUCGUCGACGUCGGCUCCUGCGCCGGGCGCAGCCUCCCUCCUGAUUGGCCGGUCCUCGGGGCGGCCCGCCUCCGCGCGCCACCCCUGGGUUCCCUCCGCGGUCUGCAGUAAAAUCGCUGCCCUCUCCCUUCUUGACCCCAGCUCAUUCUCCCCUCUCUCCCUCCUUUUUGCCACCGCUGUCGGUUCAGGCGCCCGGCUCCCGGAGGAGCUCCCGGCUCGGUGAUGGGUUCUCGAGCCUCCACGUUACUGCGGGACGAAGAGCUCGAGGAGAUCAAGAAGGAGACUGGCUUUUCCCACAGUCAGAUCACCCGCCUCUACAGCCGGUUCACCAGCCUGGACAAAGGAGAGAAUGGGACCCUCAGCCGGGAAGAUUUCCAGCGGAUUCCAGAACUUGCCAUCAACCCACUGGGGGACCGGAUCAUCAAUGCCUUCUUUCCAGAGGGAGAGGACCAGGUAAACUUCCGUGGAUUCAUGAGAACUUUGGCUCAUUUCCGACCCAUUGAGGAUAAUGAAAAGAGCAAAGAUGUGAAUGGACCAGAACCACUCAACAGCCGAAGCAACAAACUGCACUUUGCUUUUCGGCUAUACGAUUUGGAUAAAGAUGACAAGAUCUCCCGCGAUGAACUGUUACAGGUGCUACGAAUGAUGGUCGGAGUGAAUAUCUCAGAUGAGCAGCUGGGCAGCAUCGCAGACAGGACCAUCCAGGAGGCUGAUCAGGAUGGGGACAGUGCCAUAUCUUUCACAGAAUUUGUUAAGGUUUUGGAGAAGGUGGACGUAGAACAGAAAAUGAGCAUCCGAUUUCUUCACUAAAGGACUGAGACCAAACUGUUCUUGCUUUCUAGUAUUUAAGAACUGGAACUUGAGAGUCCUCCUGUCCACCAGCCCCACCUCCACCCAUCAUUCCCCUUCUCCCAGAGUACUACUGCUGUUGCAUGACAACCCCAGAUAUGUUCCGUCCACACAAACCUGCCUUUGGUGUAUAAACAGGGCAUUACAGAAUGGUACCUUCAGUCUAUUUCUGUUCAGUAUCAUUCGCUGGUUAUCUCCAUUUCUAAAUAUCAUCUCCCCCUGUUCUGCUGCUGAAUGCCACACGUCCAUCCAAUCUGAGAAGGUGAGAGAGGGAAUCAUGCCAAGAACCAACCAGCAAAGCUCUUUCACUGGAUGCAGACUGUAGCCAUGCUGCCUUCCCUCCACUAGCUUCGGCAUGCUCCUUCAUCCUUUUUUAUACAUCCUUUGCCUCCUACUUCUCUUUCACCCAACAUACCGUUCAGUCUUUCAGUCUCCCUACUUUUUAUUAAGUUUCAAUCCCCUCUGUUCUACUUGGCAACCCAAGCUAUGCCUGUUAAAUGUAUUUCUGACUAGGUGGAAUAGUUCGGUGGUCUGGCAGUUUUUAUCUACCUUUACUCUUAAAUGGGUCUCUGGGAUGUUGCCUAUCCAGGAGCUUUUCAGUAACCAACACUUCUCUCAGAAGAAUGUGACCAUCUCUUGGUCCCCUGCACUCUGCUCUGUCAUCAAAGGGCUGUUGGUUGGAGAUGUUCUUCUUGAACAGUGGUGGCCUUGGUGAGCCAAGUCUCUUAGGUGGCUUGCCCAGGUCGCUCUACCUCUGGCCUCUGAUUCUCAACAUACAUACCUACAUGGCUACUCUGUUAGUACAGUGUUGACUCUUUUUAGAAAAUAGCCAUAUGCCUGCGGGUUUGCCUAGUUUGGGGACACCAUCAGCACCAGAAUGGCUCCUCUGACAAUAUGCUUGGGGACUUGCUCAUGGCUUUUUGAACAAGGAGGCUAGCCACCCUAAAAGUCUCGUGUAUUCCCACCUCUGCAGCAUGGUUUAUGCCUCAGUGUUAUGUGCCCUGGAAUGUUUUUCACUUCACAUUUCCUAGUAGAAAGAUUAGAGUUGUGGAAGUGCCUAACUUAUCCCAGCCCAAGAGAUUUAAAGGUUGUCCUCAGUGUCUUGAAGUUUUGCACAAAAUUCUCUAUGAAUUUUGCACUUGGCAGAUGUUCAUGUUGGAAGCCAUAGUCAGCCCUUAAUACAGGUCCAAAGCAUUGAAUGUAUUGUACCAUCAGCUGCCUAGUUACACUGACUUCCUAGCCCCCCUCGUGGACCACUGCUAAUCCCUUAGAAACAAGAGGUCUGGCACUGGUGGCACAACCUGAGGGGGCAUUACAGGCCUUUGCAUGAGCCAGAGAAACUUCCAUGCCUAAGUCAGCUUACUGUAGACCUCAUUGAAUCAGGCUGCUGCCAUCCUCAUAUCUGUCUUUAUGAGUCUGUCCAUCCAUAUAUCUGCCCUUGGCUGAUUUUCUUGGACUUAUUGCUUGCUUGCUUAUUUCCUUGCUUUGGAAGGCUAUCCAAGAUGUAUACACAAUACCUUAGGAAGGGAAUUGCUAAAAAAAAAAAUACCACUGCAAAGGGAUUGGGAAGAGUGGGGAAGAGAGGAGUGGCCAGGCUGGAUGACUUAAGUAUAAAUGACCGAGGAAUUCUUCAUGAAGUAUCAGUCUGACUUGGUGAUCAAGUGAUGUAAUAUAGGAAUUGUAUAAAAGGGAAGACUUGUCUGACACUGGUCUGUUAGAGAGGUACUUCAGGGGCUCCUUGACUUGCAUAUUUAAAAUUCCUAAGAUUAUGGCUUUUUCCUCCUUUUGGCUGUAUAGUAAACUGUUUUAAUCCACAGUUGUGCCUUAUUGUUCCAUUAAAAUUGUAUUCUUCGAUCCAUCAAUAAAUACUUGUGGUUAAAACAAGAUAA